UUGGAGGUAUCGAUCAGAAUGGCUUCAAUACGCCAUGCGGUAGUGAGUCUUAGCCUAGAAACUUGGAGCAAAAAUCCUCAUAAAUUUCUUUUCCCUCCGCGUACUCUGUUAAUGUCAGCAAUGGCUGCAGAUAGAAGAUUUUCCUAUAAUGGUUUAAAAAAUUUCAAUGGUUAUGGAACGAAAACACCGUUUUUAAUUGGCGUAGCCGGUGGAACAGCAUCUGGCAAAUCGACAGUUUGUUCAAGAAUCAUGGAGAAACUUGGACAAGAUGAAAUAGACCAUAGGCAACGUCAAGUUGUCUGCAUCAGUCAGGACAGUUUCUAUAGAGAAUUAAAUCAUGAAAGCAUCAAAGCCUCCAAGGGACUUUUUAACUUUGAUCAUCCAGAUGCAUUUGAUAACCCACUCAUUCUGAAGACACUCCAAGAUAUUCUGGAUGGGAGAGUUUGCAAAAUUCCUGUUUACGACUUCAAAACCAACUCAAGAAAACUGGAUGAGUUUGUAACAAUUUACCCUGCUGAUGUACUACUGUUUGAAGGGAUAUUGGUCUUUUAUUUCCCUGAGAUAAGAGAAGUUUUCCAUAUGAAGCUAUUCGUUGAUACAGAUGCUGAUACUCGUCUAUCCAGAAGAGUCCUUCGUGACAUACGCGAACGUGGAAGGGAUCUGGAGCAAGUAUUGGCUCAAUACACCACAUUAGUUAAACCCGCUUUUGAGGAAUUCUGUUUACCGACCAAAAAAUUUGCUGAUGUCAUUAUUCCACGUGGGGCAGACAACACAGUGGCCAUUGGAUUAAUCGUCCAGCACAUAAGAGACAUUGUUAUCUGCAAUGCGAAUCUGACUGGAAGUAGGGGAUCCUAUUUACAAAGUGCUGCUAUGAUGUCGUCUUGAAGAUGGGAUAUACCCAGGGACCUAGUAAAGCUCGUUCGGGAGAUUUGUAAAUGUGGGGUUAGGCAUUUGGGAUGCUAAGUUUACUACUGGCGGCACCCAAGUCAUUACCAUUUGAUAUGCGUUCCCUUUAACACCUCACAUACGAUGGUUUUAAAUCCUCAUUCCGAUUAUCAUACCCAUUUGACUUUUCCUUUGUUUUGUAAGAGAACAUGUAUCUGUUUUUGUCUGAUUCUUUUUCUCAGACGAUUCAAUUGUGCCUUAUUAAUUUUCUCAAUUUCUGAUUGGUGUACUAAAUCAAAGUAAUAUUUUGCGUUCUUUCCCAUCACGAAGUGGAAGACGAAAGCAUUUCUGACAGCUCAGAGAUCUGUGAUUCAUUUGUGACAUAACGCUGCUGGAUUUCUGAAUUCGUGGAAGGGGCUGUAAUUGAAAUGGACCGAUAAUACACUUUAUUGUUGAA